AUGUCGAACGAAAACCCCACGCCCGAAUUCAAGUCCGAGCGCUUUGGCCAUGGCAUCUGGUUCGCCCUGCAGGCCUGGCCCGCCCUGACCGUCGCCAUCCAGAGCCAAUUCGGCGGCCCUGACGGCGCCGACAAGCGCGACUGGCUGGCCGGCGCUAUCGUCGACGUUUUCGAGACCAACCCUGACACCGACCAGCUCGAUGUCGAGACCAUCCUCCUGCAGGUCAUGGAGGACGAGUUUGAAGUGCGCCUCGAGGACGACAGCGAGGUCGCAGUGGCCGCAACCGUCGUGAAGAUCAAGAACGAGCUUAACAACAAUGUCUUUGAGACGGUCGACGCUAUGGAGCGCAGGUGGCGGCAGCGCAGGGGCAAGGGCCCCAACCUGACCAACGUCGAGGUCGUUCAGGAGGGCACUCAGGACAGGAGCGAUAGCGACGACGAUGACGACGCCGACACCGACGCCGACGCCGCCGAGGACGGCGAUAUGGACAUGGGCGACGCACCGCAGCUGGUGGCGGCAGAGCCCAAGGAGAAGGUGGAGCCAGAGGUCGACGAGGACGGCUUUACCAAGGUGGUUGGCAAGAAGCGGCGCUGA